AUGGUGGACACAUUGAACCCGUUUCGCCCCCUCGUGGGGUACCUCUGCGAAGCAUCUGGCCUGGACGCAGCGUCCGUGAAGACAUUGGUGUGUCUGUUUCUGUCCUUCCCCGUCAGCGCCGUGUUCAAGCGGCUUCCGGACACCAGCUACCGGCUGAAGAACUGGUACAUCAUUGUUGCCAGUGCGGUGUACAUCUUCUGCAUCCUCGAGAUCUACAAGGGCUUUUUUGUUAUCCUGCUCAAUGCGCUCUUCACAUACUUUUUGACCAAGUACUACCGUUCGAGAUUCAUGCCGUGGGUGAACCUUGUUGUGUUGAUGGGUGUGCUCUGCGUGAACCACGUGCAGGCGCAGUUUGACAUCCGGGAGUCAAACCCGGGCGAGAUUGACUUCACGGGCGCCCAGAUGGUCAUGGUCAUGAAGUUGAGUGCGUUCGGCUGGUCCUACUGGGACGGGCUCAUGUACCAUCAGGACAAAGACAAGUUCGAGUCAAACUUGAACGUGUACCAGAAGAGUCGGGCGAUUCUCCACCACCCAGGCCUCUCGUCCUACCUUGGAUACGUCUUCUUCUACGCGUCUCUCAUCACGGGGCCCUCCUUCGACUACGCCGACUACGAGAAGUUCAUCUUGACCGAGCUUUUCGACGACGUCCCAGAGUCGAAGCAGCCGGGCAGAAGACGCAAGCGGAAGAUCCCCAAGAGCGGCAGAGUCGCCCUCAGAAAGGUCCUCCAAGGCUUCGUGUGGAUCGGCCUCUUUGUCUACCUCACACCGCUCAUCACCGUCGACUACUCCCUCAGCACGGAGUUCAGAACGGGCAAGAGCUUCCUGUACAAGGUGGCUUUCAUCUGGGUCUUGGGCAUUGUCGAGAGACUCAAGUACUACGCUGUGUGGCUCAUCAGCGAGGGCGCCUGCAUCGUCGUCGGCUUGGGCUACAACGGCUACAACCCGGAAAAGGACGUCAUGUACUGGAACAGAGUGCAAAACAUUGAUCCGCUCCGUUUUGAGCUUGGCCAGAACGUCCACGACUGCUUGGAAGCGUGGAACAUGAACACCAACAAGUGGUUGAAGAACUUUAUCUACUUGAGAACGUGCACGAGAGACAAGAAGACGGGCAAGCUAAAGGCCGGCAUGAUCCCAACCAUCAUCACCUUUGCCACCUCUGCUUUCUGGCACGGCACCCUGCCGGGCUACUACCUCACUUUCAUCCUCGGGGCGUUUCUCCAAAGUGUGGGCAAGGUUUUCAGAAGAAAUUUCCGCCCCAUCUUUGCCACGAAGGACAACAGCAAUGUCUCGCCGUACAAGGUGUUGUACGACAUCGUGUCCUGGACAAUCACCCAGCUCGCCUUUGGCUACGCCGUGCAGCCGUUUGUCAUAUUGGAGUUUGGCAAAUCCAUCGCCUUGUGGAGGUCGUGCUACUUCUGGGUGCAUAUUGGCUGUGCCGUGGUCCUGGCUGUCUUUAGCGGGCCAUUCGGCAAGCAGGCCAGUCUCUUCAUGAAAAAGUAUCAUCUCCACAGCAAGGAGGUGAAGAAGCCCGAGGAGUCGCCUGUUCCAAUUGCAAUCCAGCUUGCCACGUUGAAGGACCAGUUCGACUCCACGACGGACUUACUCGAAGUGCUCAAGUCCUCGAACAACAGCAAGACCGCUGCCGCAGAGUUGCCCGACUUCGACAACCAGGAAGAGCUACAGGAUUCCACCGUGCUCGAGUUCGACAACUUGGAGAACGAUUUCAACAAGCUCUCGAAGGAGUACGCCGAGUGGCGGGACCAGAGCUUGCAGGGCAAAGCCCCCGGCCAGAUCACCGAGGAGGAGGUCAGCCGGAUGAAGCUUGCUCUCACAAACAUCGAGAGAGACAUCUCUGCCUUUGUCGCCGCCAUGAAGCCGGCCUCGUCAACGGAGCCACACACUUAG